GAACUUGAAGAGGAUCGAUCAGGAGGAAAAACGAGAACUGGAAGUGGAAGAAGAGGAUAACCGGUAGCAAGGUAGCAACGCAACGGAGGGAUGUAAUUAGCAAUCAUCACGUAACAUAAUUUUAACCAACCAUGUGUGGCGGAGAUAUAAAGUGGAAGAACAACCCAGCCAAACCUCAUGAAGCCUAUGUACCUACUAAUAUUGAACAUAUAGCUAACAUCAUUACACAUGGAUUGUGUAUUAUACCAUCAUUGUAUGCCAGUCAUGAUUUAAUUCAAGAAGCUACCACAUACUCUCAGAAGACCAGUGCAAUAAUUUUUGGUCUAGCUCUCCUCCUCCUCUUCAGUAUUUCAACUCUUUUCCAUCUUGUCUCAUGGUCUGGUCUUGCAAAAAAAUUGAGGUUUUACCUUCAUAUAAGCGACAGGGCAAUAAUCUAUUUAUAUAUAGCAGCUUCUUACACACCUUGGUUGACACUGUGUGAUGUUGGUUACUAUGGAAACCAUCUACGAUGGGUUAUGUGGUUUCUAGCUUCCUUAGGAAUCUUGUAUUCGUAUUGCUUCUAUGAAAAAUACAAGAGAUUGGAAACCCUUUUCUAUGUCAUCCUUGGAACAGUUCCUGCAUUGGUUGUGUUAGAAUCGCCUCUAAAGAAUGGUUUAUAUGAGUUAGCAUUGGGAGGCAUCAUUUACAUCUGUGGCGUGGUAUUCUUUAAGAGUGAUGGUAUCAUCCCAUGUGCCCAUGCUAUCUGGCAUGUCUUUGUUGUGAUGGGGGCAUACACACAUCUUAACGCCAUUCAGAAAUACCUAAUAGGAUGUAGGAUACCAGGUGUUGACCCUGAUGAACCCAGUCACUUACCUGACUGCAUCACUCAAUCUUUAUGAUGUCUCCAGGCAUGAUGGAUUACACAUUUUUUGAAUGUAGGUCAUCUUAUAUCAAAUUUGAUCAAAUUAAAGGUCAAAUCCAUCCUAAUUAAAAAGUUUAUUUGAAUUCAUAUAUAAAAUCAAACAAGUCCAACACUGAAAACCAGAUUGAAAUCUGGGGUGUUUCACAACUUGUGUGACUUUAUGGAGUCAUGCUUAAAUACUGACUCACACAUGAUAUAUACCAGUAACCCGCAAGCUUAUUGAUUGAUAUGCAGCUACUAGGAAUGUAAAUGCAAGUAUAAGUCAAACUUCAAUAUUUGUGAAGCAUCCCCAAGAUAUUUAGUAUCAGUAUCCCCAAGAUACUGAUUUUGGGGAUAAGUAUCCCCAAGAUACUUAGGCCUAUACUUAGAAAAAUGUAACAUUUUAAAUUAUUAGCUACUUGCACAUUAACAGUGAUAUGCACAUUGUAUAUGAAAUGCAAAUAAGAGAGCUGAUGAUGUCACUCACUCUUAUUUUCUUUGUAUUUUAUUAACUGCUCAUGAUAAUAAUAAUGAUAAUAUAGAGUGUCCAUAGAGGUUAGGUGAUACUUUUUGUAGACAAGAGGUGAUGCUGAACAAAGAGUUCAGGGGCCUGUUGCAUGACGAGAUGAGCGAUACGUAGGAACGUCCUAGGACCAUUCUUCCGAGAUAGGAAGAUUGGCGACAAAUCAGCGCUUUCCGUUUCACAAAGGCAAUUUUGUCUUCCAAGUCCACGACAUCCUUUUAUAUCGAUAGUAUCGGAAAAGUAUUUAGUCUUCAUCGUCACCUGAACCUUUUAUUUCGGAAUGACGAGUUUUCUUAAAAUCAUUUAUUUCAAUAAAAGGAGAUCAAAUGAUGUUUUAUUUAUUACUGAUUGUAGAAUUGAUGUA